AUGAUUCUCAUCUUAGCUUACCAUCCAACUCUUGCUCUUUACUUCAACUUUAUUCCCUUCAAAAUUCUGCUAUGUCCGAGAAACAAGGUCUCAAGAUUAGAAUUAGCAUAUACUGCCAUGGUGAUGUCUGUGUUGUUGAGCUUCAUAUUCCCACCGCCACCUUCUCUGGUGGUUUCAGGGUUGACAGUGAUAAGCUUCCUGAUACUUGUGAGUUCUUUUGUGUCAGAAAUUAGAGGGAAGCAUUUGAACUAUUCAAAGUUUUGGAAUGCUAGUCCCUCUGCACAAAACCAGAUCAAGUUGCCAAGUAAAGCUGGCAUGCUUCUCUUGUACACUCCUGCUUUCCUUGCUGGCCUUGCAUCCUUCUGGAUCUUUCCUCCUCAAAGUUUGAGGUCCACCAUCCUUCAAUCUGCCGUUACUCUCCAUUACUUCAAGAGGGACUUCGAGGUUCUGUUUAUUCACAAAUAUAGUGGAGGCAUGACUCUUGAAUCUGCAAUCCCCAUAACUAUGAGUUAUUUCCUAUCAGCUGCAACAAUGACCUAUGCUCAACACCUAACAAAUGGCCAUCCAGACCCACCAAUCAACCUGUUGUAUCCUGGCAUUGUGAUUUUUGUGGUAGGCAUCAUUGGCAACCUCUACCACCACUACAUCCUAUCCAAUCUGAGGGGAAAGGGUGAAAAGGAGUACAAGAUUCCAAAGGGUGGCUUGUUUGGAUUUGUGAUCUGCCCCCACUACCUCUUUGAGAUCACUGUGUUUUAUGGACUCUCCUUCAUUUCUCAGACCCUAUAUGCAUUCUCUUUUGCUGUAGGCACUACUUUAUACUUGCUGGGUAGGAGUUACUCCACUAGGAAAUGGUAUGUUUCCAAGUUCGAAGAUUUUCCCAAGAAUGUUAAGGCUGUCAUCCCAUUUGUCUUCUGA